AUGAAGACGCCCAGCAGGAAUGCUAAGCUGGCACGGGAAUGGAAUUCUUGCCGUGCUACCGACUUCAUCCACGAGGGCCAAGAAUCACAGGUUCAAAACGUCGAGUUGAGCAGCACACAAACAGAUUCCUCUACAUCCUCAUUCAAACAUGGCAAGGGGGAUGUAGUACUCUCUCCUUCCAACCCUGACGUCUGGUCCUGUUUCGACGCAUUUUCCUCAUUCGACCUCUCGUUCGACACAACGUGUGCAUCGCCAUUGGCGAAUAUUCCGCCAGGUCCGACUCCCAGUGCGUCAGAUGAAAGAAUAGAUGGGGGUUCGCUCUCCAUGUCUUUCGCUCCAUCUCUCGAGGACCAAGCUACGUCCUUUUUCUUCCACCACUAUGUGCUCAAAGAGCUAGCUAGCCCAUACAAUCACCUUGCGUCCCUGCCCAUAGUCUCGGGCCAGAGCAGUGGGAUCAAGGUUCUAUCAGGCAUGGUCAUUUCAAUCGGCGCUGCCGGAAUCUCCAAUCUGCGAGAUGACCCUGACCUAAUGCAUGCCGCGGAAAAAAUCUAUUCCUCAACCAUACAACGAUUACAGACUCUCCUCCGCGACCAAAGUCGAAUCCAAAAGAAUCAAACCAUGAUCUUAGUGCUGCUUCUAGCACUAUAUGAAACCGUCACUUGUUCUACUCCUCAAUCAAUAAGAACCUGGAGUCGCCACGUCAGGGGUGCCACCGCAUUACUGUCAAUUAAAAGACAAGACACGUUGCACCCCACAGCCGUUCAGGACGUACACAUGCAUCUACGUCUGCAAAUUAUAAUCGAUUGUCUCCAAAGAAGAAUCUCGAUUCCUCACAUCGUGGCAGACUGGACUCUCCUUGGCGGCAACGAAGCCAUCCGUCAAGCAGUCUCCAUCGACUCAGAGCUCGAAACCUGGUUGGUGUACACUCUCAUAACAUGCGCUUUCAACGAGGUGUUCGAUUUCGAACACCCUGACGACGUCUUCUUUGGUUGCUAUCAUGUCUACUCCGAAACCCGUGUCGCCCUGUUAUGGAACCACUACCGAACGCUCCGAAUGCUCACCAACGAAAUCAUCCUGGAUGCCUUCUACUCGAGUGAAGUUGGCAGCGCCUGGUACCAGCAGCGCCAGCGCCUCGUUUCCGAACAGCUCCUCAAGAAACUCACGACUGAUAUUUGCGCCAGUGUCCCGCCUCUGCUGGGGUAUCCUGAUGGGUCGUCAGCCGCGCGGGUGAUGAUCGGGACGCUGCUUCUCUGGCCGUUGUAUGCGUGUGCCGCACAAAACUAUGCCUCGCCGAAGACGAGAGAGUGGGUCAUUAUUCAGUUCGAGAGGAUCGGGGGGGCAAUGGGCAUUCGCCUGGCAACCUUGCUGGGCAGGGCGCUGAGGGCCAGAGGCAACGAUACAGCCUGGAGUGUAAUUGAUGCAGAGAAAAGACGAAAGACAGUCAUUCAAGAAAUCGAGGAGAACUGGUGA